ACGGACCUAGAAAUGUGAUAUUCUGAUCGUUAAAUAAUCUUUCCAAGUAAAGAUGCAACUUCGUUUCAAUUUGUCACCAAAAAUCUUGUUACUAAUUCUCACAUUAUUAUCAGGGACAAAACGGUCGGAAUCAGCUCGAGUAUUCACGAUAGUAAACUCAUGUGACCAAACAAUAUGGCCAGCGAUAGCACCCGGAGAAAACUUCAACGGAGGAGGAUUCGAGCUCAAACCGGGCCAAUCCAUAGUCUUCAACGCACCAGUAGGCUGGUCAGGUCGAAUAUGGGGACGAACCGGCUGCAAUUUCGACCAAACCGGAACCGGAACAUGCGAAACCGGUUCAUGCGGUUCGACACUAAAAUGCUCUGCCUCUGGAAAACCACCAGCUUCACUCGCUGAGUUCACACUAGCCGCACUGGAUUUCUACGACGUGAGCCUCGUAGACGGAUACAAUCUCCCCAUGUCGGUGACUCCGAUGAACGGAAAAGGAAACUGUAGUGUCGCCGGUUGCGUGGCUGACUUGAGAACAAAGUGUCCGCCGGAGCUGGCCGUGAGAUCUAAGGGGAAAGUGGUUUCGUGUAGGAGUGCUUGUGAUGUGUUUGAUAGAGAUGAGUAUUGUUGUAGAGGAGUUUAUGGGAAUCCUGUUACGUGUCGACCAACUUAUUACUCGAAGUUGUUUAAGGAAGCUUGUCCUACUGCUUAUAGCUAUGCUUAUGAUGAUCCGACCAGUAUCUUUACUUGUUCCGGCACUGAUUACGUCGUCUCUUUCUGUUCCUCCAAGAAGAAACCGGUGUGCACGUACCAUGAUAACAAGUUGGCAUGCAGCGAUGGUUCUGGUUUUGGUGGAUUCAGCACGAUGACUAGGAGAUUGUGGCUUGUAUUGAUAUUGUCUAUUUUUGCUUUUAGCUACUCUUAACUACUUAAUUUUAAUUCUUGACUUCGUUUUUAGAUAAAAGCAAGUUCUUUUUUCUCGAGGAAAAAUCCUCAUUUUUUUUUGUAUUAGUUUUCAUGUGGUGAUAAAGCUAAUUUCAAAGUAAG